CUUUGGUAAAUAUUGACUGCUCAAACAUUAGUCUCUAUUUUAGUUUGCUCUGUGUUUCAAGUUCAAUUUUUGAUUCUUCCAAAAUAUCGCCAAUGUCAUCUGCCUCAGAUGCAUGGAUCUUCUUCUACAUUCCUCUCUUCCUCUCAUUACUUUUCUCUAUAUCUACCGCCGUUCAUCCUAUCUCACAAAAUGGUACCUGUUAUGACACUUGUGGCACAAUACCUGUGAAGUUUCCUUUUGGUACUGGCUUCGGAUGUGGGCAUCCUGAAUUUGCUAGAUAUGUUAGAUGUAAUUCUGGCGCACUAGAAUUCUCAACUGGUACUGGCAUUUACACUAUUUCCUCCAUCGAUUAUCCAAGCAACACUUUAAUUGUUGAGGAUCCUCUCAUGUCAACUUGCAGUUCAAUGCAGAACUCUGGAAGCUUUAGCUUGGAUCGGGCUAGUCCAUUUACUUUGACAGGAGACAAUAUCUUUGUUUUGCUGGGAUGCUCUACCACAUCUCCUGUAUUUGAUCCAAAUGAAGAUUUAUGUGAUAGAGGGUCGGUUACUCGUGUUUGUAGAGGAUUAUAUUCUUGCAAGGGAGUUUCAGGCAUUGGGUUACCCCAAAAUGCACCGAUAGCUACUUGUUGUGUUUAUGAGUCACCGAUUCAACUUGCAGGCUACACAUUGGAUCUUCCCAAGCUCCAAUGCUCUUCGUAUACGUCAGUAUACAGCUUUGGUGGCAAUGAGGGAGAUCCAAUGAAAUGGAAAUUUGGGAUUUCUCUACAAUAUAAUGGUUCAUAUUAUAGUAACAUAUGCAAGGAUUGUGAAACCAGCGGGGGCUUGUGUGGCUUUGCAGGUUUGGAUCAGUCAUUUGCUUGCAUAUGCAGGAAUGGGAAGAAUACCUCCACCAGUUGCUUUGGACAAGGGUAUGCCUGGAGCGGGACAAGGGGGUCAAAAAUUCAAAUCAACUUCAGGUUUGCAGGGAUUUUCUUUCUGUGGCUGGUGCUUUCUAUUUGAAGCAGUAAUGACUGAGGAUGCCUUCAAAAGUGUAUGGACAAGAAUUGCAAAUGGAAAUUCUUAAGGAGUUCAACUGUUAGGAAAAGCUUCUUGAAUUUUGGCUGAAAGUGGACCGCUGUAUAUCUCUGUUGAUAUCAAGUAGAUUCACGGGACAAUAUUCUUAAGGAGUUUCCUGAUUUUGUAUUUAGCUUGGUUGCAGUUGUUUUCUGUCUUGUUCAAGAAUUGAAAUAAGGAAUAUGUUGUGUAUGGCAUCUAACUUAUAUCCUAAUCUUUUAUUUUAUUA